GUACCAAAUGAGAUGCUGGCUCCUAGUUUUGCUCGCCACCCACUUGGGCAAAUUCGGGGAGAUGAAAGCCGAGGCCCAUCUCCGAAUUUCUGCCACUUCCACUCCGGACUCUGACCCCUGAGCACCAGCCACGCUUCACGCACUCAUCUCAGUUCUCCUCACACAUUUUCACUGCACUGCACUGCACUCCUCACUUUGUUCUCUCAGUUUGGUUUCCUCCUGCACGAUUUGCACGAAUUUUGCCAGCACCAGUUUCGUUUUCCUUGUUUUCUGAUUAAAAAUAACUCGAGAGAAAGUAGUUUAUCUCAUUUUUAUCAACUCGACAAUUUGCAUUUUCGAAAAAAAAACACGAGUACGUGCACAUAUUAUUUACGUUUAGUCAGCAGUACAACAGAGUUCAAGCAGCCCAUUUCGGGAGGUUGUAAAUUGUGUCUCCCACGGAGCCAGAGAAAGCUUAUUACUUCAGCCUUAAAGGACUCCUCUAAUCCUCUUAUCUGCUCCCUCAGCUUCAAUUAAUUUACUCAGCCUUCACGUAAUCCCUUAUUACAUUAAAAGACCUGCACUAAUAGCCCUCCCACAGUCGUCGCACAAUUCCCGAUGGUCUUUUUUAAAAGGACAACUACCAGCUCUCCUGUCGUGUGUGCCGAGUGAAUUGAAAUUGUCGCAAAUAAAUUACACUAAUGUGCAUUCUAGUGAAAAAGGAAUACAAAUCGAUCUAAAUUCGGUGUAUUAAGAAAGGCAGAGUGAAUUGAAAUUAUUCAUCCGUAUCACAGACUGCUUUCCAGCAAGAUAAUUACCUGAGUGCGUUGAUGGUCUGCAUAGUCACAAAAAGACCUAAUUCGACGGGUGAAUGAUAAAUAGGGCAAUUUUACACAUUCUAGUUGACAGUGUAAAUAUUGAGGACUGUUCCGAGUGUGGUGCUUAUCAAGCAAGUUUUUAGAUAACACUAGUAAGUAGCACAGUAGUAAUUUAGUAGAACUCGUUCAUUGUGCCAACUUUUUUUUACUUUCAUUUCCAAUCUGCCCUACUCCACGUGCUCGUCUCUCCGGGUAUCGAUACAACAUUGCUGGGUGGUAAAAGCCCCGUUAUGCCAAAUACAGCGACCUGACUAACUCGUGGUGUGUCGCUUGUUUCAUGGUUUGGAGCACUGCAUGGAUUCUCGCCGUUAUUAUUUCUGAAACGCGACUCAUUACUCAUCCUCAGUGUGUGCAUUAGUGAUUCUUCAAUGUACAAGACUCGCGACCUGAAAAUAUUUCAUGAGACUUGAGACAAUCUGCACUCCUCGGCUUGUAAUGUGAGACAUUUUUCUAUGCAAACGUAGCCAAACAACAAGUGAUUCACGACAAUAAUAACGUGACCUUUGCAGCCCUUCAAUUACAACUUGGAUCAGAAGUUGAACAACUUGUGAAAACUUUGGAAAUAUUUUACGCUGUCGGAUUGUAAAACUGAUAUCUUCAUAAAGAACAAAAAGAGUUUCAGCCUGGUUGACAGACUCGAGUAAGUUGCGGGUUUAAUAAGUUGGUGGAAAAACAGCGAGAUUUAUUGAACGUCAAACGACCCCCGAGAACCGAGCAAAUGAGGUUAUACUACUACCAUAACCAUUCUCUGCUCUGAAAUACCACUGUCAUUUGAUCUUUGAUCUCAUUAAUAAGAAUAAAACAAAGUUGACAGAUUUGAGCAAGUUUCCAGCCAUAAUCUUCUCCGCCUAGACCUCCACAGUAUUACACAUACAUAUGCAUGUACAUAUACGUAUAUAUUGCAUAUUGAUGCUUUAGUAGAGCAUCAAUUGACCACCCAGAAAAAGUCAAGUCUCAUUCAGAAUUUUAUUACAUUGUGAAUCCAAUCGAGGAAAUUACAGCUUCGACGAUUUAAAUUAACUCUGGGGUGCAGCAACAAAGGAGGGGACGAUGUAAAUAGAACAUAUCUGUGAUACACAGCUCGCGUGUUUGUUCUUUGUUGCCAACAUCCAGUUAUAUUUAGUCGAGUCUGCAAUAACUGGACAUUUGCAUAGCCGUUGCUUGCUGGACAUCAUUAUGAAUUGAGCGUUUAAAUUGCGUUAGACUGAGCUCUGAUUCUGGCACAAUGCAUUAAAAUUAGAUGAAGUGAUGGACCUUAUUAAAACAGAGGAGAGGAUGUGUUGGAUCGUGUAAAAUAAAUUGAGCUCCCGUCUGCUGUAUUAUUAUGACACUACCACCAUUCAUCCCGUCCUCAGUUGAUGGAUGGGUCCGAAUUGCAAAUUUUAUUGUCAUUUUGACAUCACAUCAUUAAUGUUGGCUUCUGAUCUCGCAGCCACAACCACUUUGUACAUGAUUCUGUGGUGCAAGUAUACCUACUCCUCAUGCUACUCCUCGUUGCUUGCUUAUUGUACUCGUGUAUCCUCCAAGAGAACGACUCAGUGCAUAAUACAAUCCGCUAUGAAUGCAAUGUAACUCAGACGAGAGCUCGCGUUGAAUAGGAAUCGGAUGAAUUUGACGACCCUGCUGUAUUCAAGAGCACAUCAUUUGCGAUUGUGAUUUGUGAGUGAAAUAAAGUAAAGUGAUUGAUAAGUACAAUGGUUAGUAGUCUGCUUAAUGCUGAGCUGAGCUGGAGUCAGUCGUCGCCACUUGACGAUUGUUACUAUUAAUCCAAAUUGCAUGCUUGUCAUUAACCCGACUCUUCAUCAUCGACGCUGCUUACUGCUCAGCACUCCCCUCGAGCCACCAGUUGCAUCCCAAAAACAAGUGAUCCCUUCCCAGUAUUCAGAUAAAGCCAGCGCAACACCAAAUGAAUUCGGCAUUCCAUUCAACUCAUUAAUUGUUUAUGCAAACGGUGCCAAAAUAUUUCCAAAAUAUUUUGAAAACAAAACAAUCUUAGCUGAACGCGAUUCAUUUUGGAAGAGCGUAUGCGAUUGAUACACAUUCCACAGUGCACGACUGAAUAACUAACUGGUGGUCAGGUUCAAUUUCUGAAUUCGUAAAAGUAUUGUAAAAGUGUGAGAGGCGCAAGAAUGUCGCUCCCCGCAAGUCCUGAAAAGCUGGGGACGCCGGCUGCGAGCGACGCGAACGGUGAGACGAAGGAGGCAUCCUGUGGGGGAAACGAUGAGGGGGCCCUGCGGGAGGAAUGUCAAGUGUACCGUUUCCGUUGGGUGGUGCUCAUCCUCUUCGUCGUCUACAGCAUGUCCAACGCCUUUCAGUGGAUUCAAUUCGCCAUCAUCAACGGGCUGGUGGGCCAGUUUUAUGGGGUUUCCGACGGAAUUGUAGACAUGACCAGUAUGAUUUACAUGAUUACGUACAUUCCUCUCAUCUUCCCGGCCAUGUAUUUCCUCGACAGAUUUGGGUUGAGGAAGGCAGUGCUAAUUGGAAGUUUUGGAACGGCGUUGGGGUCAUGGAUAAAAGUUUUCUCCGCCUCGCCGAAUCUGUUUCCGGUGGCCUUCAUUGGCCAGACGGUCGUGGCAGUGUCACAAAUCUUCAUCCUUGGAAUUCCUCCCCUUUUGGCUGCCGUUUGGUUCGGGCCGAGCCAAGUGUCCUCUGCUACGGCCAUCGGAGUCUUUGGAAAUCAGCUUGGUGUCGCAGCGGGGUUCGUACUUCCUCCAAUGCUUAUAAAAAAUGGGACGCAGGAAGAAAUGGCGCACGACUUUCAAGUGAUGUUCAUUGGGACCGGUUGCAUCACUGCUGUUUUAUUCGUCGCUGUAAUUUUCUUGUUCCGGGACAAGCCACCGACGCCACCGAGCAUGUCUCAAAUGGCACUCCUCACGGCUGACAAGGAACCCUACGUCAAUUCCAUCAAGCGAUUGUUCACCAACAAAGGCUACCUUCUGCUCCUCACGAGCUACGGAAUGAACGUCGGCGUCUUCUACGCCAUUUCCACCUUGCUCAGCUCAUUCAUCUUGAAAUAUCAUCCCGGGAAAGAUGAGGAUACUGGAAGAAUUGGAUUUAUGAUUGUCGUGUUUGGAAUGAUGGGCUCUGUCGUAUCCGGCUUAAUUUUGGACAAGACUCGACGAUUCAAAGAAACAACGCUGGUUAUUUAUUUCCUCUCAUUCGUGGGGAUGGUCGUCUACACUUUCUCCCUCCCUCAUGCCAACCACAUUGCGUACAUGUACGUCGUAUUUGCUGCCCUUGGAUUCUUCAUGACUGGAUAUUUGCCAGUGGGCUUCGAAUUUGCUGCCGAGAUCACCUACCCAGAAUCUGAAGGAACUUCUGCCGGAUUGCUAAAUGCAUCAGCACAGGUGUUUGGAAUAAUUCUGACGGCGGUGACUCGGUUGGUGUUCGAGAGCAAGGUUGGAGACUUGGGGGCAAACCUCCUGCUCUGCGGGAUCCUUCUGAUGGGAGUGACAAUGACGGCCCUUAUCAAGGCGGACCUGCGAAGAACGAUGGCGCAAAGGGCGUCCGUGGCCAGCCCGCCCUCCUACGAGAGCAGUGCGACGGUUCCAGAACCUUAAAUUGGCUCGGUUUCAGUGAUGCAAACAUACAAACGCCAACUUCUUGAGAUUAUUUGUUCGAAUGAACCCACCAUGCAUACGUAUUUCACCAAUUUACUCAAUCACUGCUUCAGCUUUGUUCUGCUUUCCCUUUGGCAAUGAAUUGCAGUCACAAAUCUCAUGGAGAGAAUCUCACUUUCAUUAAUUUCAUUGAUCAAAUAUACAUGACAAACAUACUGCGUCCCCAAAUGAACUAAAUACUUAAUCAAAAUCUGAAGGUAGAAAUAAGCAAAGUUUGUAGAUCAAAUUGUAGGCAGAAAAUUAUGUGUGUAUAGCAGACAGGCAUGUUCGAUCUGAUGACUAUAAUGUUUUAGGACAAUAUUAGAAUUAAUCAAACUUGAACAAAUUGGAACAAAAUGUGGACAAUAUAAUCCUGCAAUCGGUAUAAGUACACUAUUUAGUAUUUGCAUAGCUUGCAAUGCUCUGCUAUCUACCUGUCUAACAUAUGUAUGUAAUUAGUUCUAGAUACGUAAACUUUAGGUCCUAGAUUCCGUCAACUCUAUGACUCAAAUCGAUAAUUUAAUCAUUCCAACUUUUGAAUAUAAAUACGUACGUUAGACAAUAAUAAGAAAAAGUUGACAAUAUUUCUGCUCUCUCGCAAGAGAAAGCAUUAUCCAAAUUCCAACACCAACUUAUAAUUCCUGCAACGACAAUAUUACUCUGUACUCGACAAAACGAGCUGUGUUAUACGUCAAAAGCUUUACCCUUAAAUUUAUGAAAAAUGUACUCAAUCAAUCAUUGAUGUUGUUUAAUAGUGAAAAUUUUACAUAUUUUGUUGUGGACUUGUGUAUGUGUACCUCUGACACAGGCCAUUUUACGGGUCGCCAUUACGAGUGGCUGGUACCCACAAAUUUACAAACGUUUCAGAAGGUUGUUCUUGAUCGUGAUUAAUUACAGUUACUACUUUACAGUCAUUACAUGUGUAGCGUGUAGGUUGUGACAGUUUUAGAGCUCACUGAAAAAUACAAACUUGGUAAAAGCAACAGAGUGUGAUACCACUUUUUCAAACGUGCACUACUGGUCGGAUGUUUAAAUUUAUGUAUGCAAAUCUAUGUAUGGUGCUCGAAGGAUAAUAUUCUUGGAAAAUUUAAACGAUAAAAAGAAUCAACACAAUUUCAGCUACAAAUUGCUAUAGUUGUAAACAGCAUGUUUCCAAGUAUGUACAUAGGUACCAAUUUCUUCAGGUACAAGUAAACUUUUGCUUUAAAAGAGUAUUAAUUAAGCGUACUUAUCUGUAAACGUAAAUUCAUUAAUAAAUUACUGUGUCAAUUAUGCUCUCUCUAAAUUUAUUGCUCUCGUCAUGCUAAUUGUUUAUGUUUGUACAUAUAUGCGAAAACUUUGCUUUGUGUGAACAAUAAAAACUUUUUAAUAAGAA